AUGUGCGGGCAGCACCUGCCCUCUCAGUCUUGCCUGACCAAAUUCACCCCAGCCAAUGUGUACAGCUAUCAGCAUCCAAUGAUCUUCAGUGCAUUGCGGCUGCAGUCAACAAUGGUCUCCCUGCCUAAAGAAUUCCAGAACAAAGAUGAUGCCUAUUGCUUCUCCUUAGCUAAGGCCCUUUACUGCGUCCACACUCCGGUGACGGUGGGUUUCUACGCCCCGUGGGGACACUGCACGAGCUAUCUCUUGAACAGGAUCCAAGUUUUUGCCUCAGACUACAUGCAUCGUCAGUCGUUGAAAAAGGACAAGCAAGAGUUUCAGCGGACGAGGGUGAAACAGCGCAAGGCCUCUGGCAGGGAUCUGCUCUCCCUCGUCUUCCUUAUGAUCUUUUACCGUCCUGUCCUGACCCCACAGCACAAGCAGAGGAAGAACAUACGGCACCUCUUCAUCCAGUUUAGUGCCUGGGAAUACGCCGGCAGCGACCAGCUCUGGGCAGGCCUGAUUACGGCUCUGUGCGAUGGCAUUGAGGGCUAUUUUGGCCUCGUCCCCAUGAGUCUCUAUAGGGCCGUGGGCAGGAAAAGUGGCAUCGUUCAGGCACCUCUCAAUAAGGAAUGGGUCAGCAAGAAAUACCUCUGCCUUCCAUUGUGGGCCGCUGUCCUUCUAGUUUCAGGAGUGGCAAUUGUGGUGGCCGUCCUCCUCUUUAUUUUUGGGAUCCCUGUCGGCGACGCAUCGGGAGAUGCCAUCGCUCUUGUUGAGGGUGUUGGGGCCACAGCGGUUGGCAUCACCGUGGCGGCAGGCAUCAGGAUCGCCAUCGUGGUGGUGCGGAAUGUGAUCAUAAAUCAGAAGGCCCAGCUGGAGAGGCAGAUGAACAGGACAGACCUCAGUGCCCAGCUGGGUUUCAUGAGCAACGUCAAGCGGGAAGUCAAGGUUGUCGCCAGGUUCCUCCAGUUCAUGGAGAUCUUCCAGCGGAGGAAACUCCGCGUGGUGCUGGUGAUCUCCAGCUUGGACCGGUGCAGCCCUGACAAAGUGGUGGGAGUCCUGGAUGCCAUGAACAUCCUUCUCUCGGACUACGAGGCGCCCUUUGUCUCUAUCCUGGCCGUGGACCCGAGCGUGAUUGUGGCCUGCGUGGAGAGCUCCUUGUACAUGAAAGGCAUGGCCAACAAUGGCUACGAGUUCUUGAACCGCAUCAUCACACUGCCCUUCUCGGUUCCCAAGAUGGACUGCGACACCAAGAUGCAGCUGAUUAAAAAUAUCGUGGAAUGGAGAGAAGAGCAGGAGAAAAGCUAUGAAGACGAGGAAGAACUGGGAGCGGAUUCCCAGGAGAGAAACUGGCUGGCGAACCAGGCUUCGGGAUCUCUUCCAGGAUCAGCCCUCUGCCCUUCUGGGGACUCUGCAGACUAUAACGGGCCCGAGCAGAUAAAAGAUGAUGCCGAGAUACCUUUGGUGGUUACAGUUCCUGGACAGCAAGAGCCGCUAAGAGGGAGGGGUGGGAAAGGCUUCAAAGCCAAAGACCUAAUCCGAGAGGCUUUGGACUUCCUCCGGGAUGAAAGCAUGAAGGAAUAUAUGACGGACAACAUGGUGCAGAUGAAAAGGAUCGUCAAUACCAUCUCUGUCAUGGUCAGGCUCAUGGCGACGGAGGUCCCCCGGGAGAAGCUGUGCCCGCAGAAGGUGGCGGCCUGGGUCCUCCUGGCCAACCAGUGGCCCUGUCGCCUGAGCUGGAUCUUGCAGUGCAUUGAGGACGACGAGCAGAUGAGUCGCUGGGGCUUGCCCCAAGGCUGCCCCCUGGCUCCCAGCCUCUUCCUGUGGGAGGUGUACCAGAAGUACGUGGAGGAGCUCGACAUGUUCAAAGCCCAGCUGGAGAAGCUGCUGGAGCUGGAUGGGGACCCCGAGAUCUUCCAAAGCUUCCUCAGCUGCCGGUUCCGGGUGGAGGACGCCCUCUUCUUCCUGCCGUUUACAGUCAACUUGGACUUCUCCUUGAAGAGGCACAUGGAGCUGUUGCGAGGCAGCCGCAGCCUGAAGCGAACAGAGAAGCUGCCGGGGCUUUCCCAGUGUGCGCUGCUGAGGAUGUCGGUGACCGAAGUCUGCAGGGAGGUGAACAAGCUGGGCUUGAAAGAGGAAAACAUGCAGCGGUGCAAAGAGAGGCUGAAGGAGCACAAUUUGAGUGGCAGGGCCCUGGUUUAUAGCGACAGAAAUGAAGUCAGAGAGGCUCUGGGUAUGGGCCUAGGGGAGUGGAUGACUUUCAGCAUGUAUUUCUUUGGCUCAGUUCCCCCCCAGGGUUCCUUUCCUUCCACGGCAUCCCCAGCCCUGGUCUAUGGCGAGAAGAACUGGUUGGGUUUGCAAGAGAAUGUGUCUAGAGGAAGCCGGUUGUCCUUGAACAUUUCCAGGGAAAAUCUUCACAGAUGA